AUGUCGAGCGCCGAAAUUAACCAAGUGCUCGCAAACUCGCUGUCGCCUGAUGCGGCGCUGCGAAGUGCGGCCGAGCAGCAGCUAACACAGGCUGCCGAGAGCAACUUCCUACCCCUCAACAGUGCUCUACGCGCCCUGCACGCCGCCCCUGCCCAGUCACAUGCUCACCGCUCUCAACAGCCUCUCUACCUCGCGACCCUCGUCCAGGAACUCGCCAACGACCAGGCUCAGGGCUCCAUCCGAGCCGCCGCCGGUAUCGCCCUCAAGAACGCCUUCACAACCAGAGAUUUCGCCCGCCAUCAGGAGAUUCAGGCCAAGUGGCUCCAGCAAACAGACGAUGACACCAAGAACCGCGUCAAGCAGUUGACCCUCCAGACCCUCGCCUCAUCCAACGCCCAGGCAGGCAAUGCCGCCGCUCAGGUCAUUUCGUCCAUCGCCGCCAUAGAGCUACCCCGAAACCAAUGGUCCGAGCUUAUGCCCGCCCUCGUCAAGAACAUUAGCGAAGGCGCCGACCACCAAAAACAAGCUUCCCUCACCACCAUCGGUUACAUCUGCGAGAGCCAAGAUCAGGAUCUCCGCCUGUCCCUCGGCCAGCACUCCAAUGCCAUCCUAACCGCCGUCGUCCAGGGUGCCCGCAAAGAGGAGGCCAACCUGGAAGUUCGACUCGCUGCCAUCACCGCCCUGAGCGACUCCCUCGAAUUCGUCCACAACAACUUCAAGCAUGAAGGCGAACGAAACUACAUAAUGCAAGUCGUCUGCGAGGCCACUCAGGCCACCGACAAUCGCAUCCAGCAGGGCGCCUUUGGCUGUCUCAACAGAAUUAUGGCCCUCUACUAUGAGAACAUGCGUUUCUACAUGGAGAAGGCUCUCUUUGGUCUCACCAUCCUCGGUAUGAAGUCAGACGAUGAAGACGUUGCCAAGCUGGCUGUCGAAUUCUGGAGCACUGUCUGCGAGGAGGAGAUAUCCAUUGAGGAUGACAACGCCCAGGCCGAGAGCUCCGACCAGGCUCGUCCCUUUUACAACUUUGCCCGCGUUGCCGCUCCCGAGGUCAUCCCUGUCCUUCUCCAGCUCUUGACCAAACAAGAUGAGGACGCCACCGACGAUGAAUACAACCUGUCCAGGGCCGCUUACCAGUGUCUGCAACUCUACGCCCAGGCUGUCGGCGCCACCAUCAUCGCUCCUGUUCUGCAGUUUGUUGAGACGAACCUCCGCGCCGAAGACUGGCAUCAUCGUGAUGCCGCCGUCUCCGCCUUUGGUGCCAUCAUGGAAGGUCCCGAUGAGAAGGUCCUUGACCCCAUUGUGAAGCAGGCCCUGCCUAUCCUCAUCACAAUGAUGGAUGACCAGUCCCUGCAGGUCCGAGACUCGACUGCAUACGCUUUGGGCCGUGUUACCGAAGCCUGCUCGGACGCGAUUGACCCCCAGCAACAUCUGCCCACUCUCAUCGAGUCUCUGUUCAAGGGUCUUCUCAGCAGCGCCAAAAUGGCUCCCUCUUGCUGCUGGGCUCUCAUGAAUCUGGCUGAGCGUUUCGCUGGUGACUUUGGUGUUUCUGCCAACCCCAUUACUCCUCACUUCAACAACGCCGUCAGCUCGCUCCUUGACUUGACCGCCCGCACCGAUGCCGAUACGUCUGUGCGCACCGCCGCUUACGAAGUCCUUAACGUGUUCGUCCAAAACUCAGCCACCGACAGUAUGCAGUCCAUUGCUUCGCUCUCUGACGUUAUCAUCAAGCGUCUGGAGGAGACUGUUCCCUUGCAACAGCAGGUUGUCAGUGUCGAGGACAAGAUUACUCUGGAGGAGAUGCAAAACAGCCUCUGCACUGUUCUGCAGGCUAUUGUGGCCCGCCUGGAGAAGGAAAUCGCUCCUCAGGGCGAUCGCAUCAUGCAAGCUGUAUUGCAGAUUCUCAGCACCGUCGGCGCCAAGUCCAGUGUCCCUGAAGCCGUCUUUGCUGUCAUCAGCGCGCUCUCCACUGCCAUCGAGGAGGACUUCGUUAAGUACAUGGAAGCUUUCGCUCCCUUCCUCUACAACGCUCUUGGCAACCAAGAAGAGGCAAGUCUCUGCUCCAUGGCUAUCGGCCUGGUGAGCGACAUUACUCGAUCCUUGGGCGAACAGAGCCAACCAUUCUGCGACAACUUCAUGAACUAUCUCCUCAACAACUUGAGAAGCCAAACCCUCGGAAACCAGUUCAAGCCCGCCAUUCUCCAAUGCUUUGGCGAUAUUGCUGCCGCCAUUACUGGUCACUUCGAGACCUACCUGUCUGUAGUCGCCCAGGUCCUCGAGCAAGCUGCUACCGUCACGGCUGCUCCCGACGGCCCUUACGAGAUGUUUGACUAUGUCAUUUCUCUCCGCGAGGGCAUCACCGAUGCUUGGGGCGGCAUCAUUGGCGCCAUGAAGUCGAGCAACAAGACUCAAACCCUCCAGCAAUAUGUGCCUACCAUCUUUCAGCUUCUUGCCGUGAUUGCUAGUGACUCUACCAAGAGCGAAGGUCUGCUACGCUCGUGCAUGGGUGUUAUUGGGUAUGUACUGUCCCGUAUUCUAUUCUCGCCAGAAGCUAACAACUACAGUGAUCUCGCGGACGCCUACCCCAAUGGCGAACUGGUCGAAGCUUUCCGUCAGCCCUGGCUCACCACCAUGAUCAAGGAGACCAAGACGAACCGGGACUUUUCUCCUCGCACGAUCGAGACAGCUCGCUGGGCUCGUGAGCAAGUAAAGCGCCAGCUUGCUAUUGGUCAGAAUGUCAUGACCGCUUAA